CAAAGACAGACAAGAUCGGGAGCUAGCGAGAAACGUACGCGCCGACGGGUCGCGAGAAUCCCGGCGGUAUUACCCAAUAUAAUGACAGAGCGGAAGGCGGAAAAUCACAGUUGAGAUUUUACCUAGUAGGCGAGCCGAAAUCAGUGUCACAACGGAAAGACCGAAAAAAGGAAAAAACACUUAAGGCCAACCAAGAAAUUCGAUCGAUCCAUCGGUUUAUGGAAUCAAGUGAACCGUAACGCGUAUUAGGAGUUAAUCGUGCGUAGACCAUCAUGGACUUCAUCGCGAGCAUAAUCAAAAGGCCCAAGAGCAUCGCCACCACUGGCAUUACCGCCACUCAGCCAGCGGGUAUGGAUGCCUCAGAAGUUAUCAGACCCACGGAUCCCCAUCCGUCACCUGGGGAUAAUGAAGGAGUUCCACCCAUCCCAUCGCACUUGGACACACUUCUGGAGUCUGCCUCAGAGGAUCUGCUGCGAUUGGAGGAACAGCACUGCAGUCUUCCUGUCUCAAUCACACAUGCUGCCCCCGAAAGCAGCAGCAGCAGUAGUAGUAGGGAAACCAUCCAGCAACUCUUAAGUGAGAUAAACGUCAAUCUAAACCAAGUCAGUGCUAAUGAAAUGGAGCACUUACAGGCCAUGAGUGGCGAGCUGAGUCCGCUGGCGGUGAAGCCCAGUCCCAAGCCACCGAGCAUGGAGCAACAGAAGGCUUUGGCCGCUGCUCUGGGCCAUCAGACGGCGGCAACAGGUUGCCCUAAGUUGGAUGCGGACGCUGUUCCAAAAUUCGGAGGUCUUCCCGAAUUCGACGAGACGCAAAUACCAGAGCUGGCUUCUUUAAAUGCCGAAAUGGAUGCUCAACUCAAUUCAAACCAUUCGGACUCGGAUGUUUUCGUGGAGUGUUUAUCGCUUCAUAGCGAGCGGUAUACAGGAGAUCGCUCUGAGUUGGAGGCAUAUUCAAGUGCCCUCAACGAUGUGCUGGAGCAACAGUUGUCCAUGACCUCGACUGCCACAUUGGAGCACGAAUUCGUAGAUCCUCUGGCGGUCAGCCAGCACAACAACGUCAGCUAUGAAGCCAUGGAUGUGGAUGAUAUCAAUGAAACCAUGGAAAUGUUAAAGGAUGUUUUGGGUCCCGAGGAUCAUCAGCUUUUGCAUCAGGAAAUAAUUUGCAAAUCUCAGCCAGCCCCAGAGAUGGAUCCUCUGCAGUAUCAUGGAAAGCAGGAGCAAAGGAGCAUAGAAGGAACUUCGGUUCUGGAACAACAGUUGGUUUCAGAACGGGAAACGCAAGAAUCGCCCUUAAGAGAAUCAGAAGAGUCUGAGCAGGCUAUUGAGACAUCCCAACGGAAAGAGUGCGAAGAGUUUGAGAAGAAGGAAGAAAGUCCGGAAACACAACGGCUAUGUCCGGAAGAAGUAUUACAGAAACUGGAAGUUGAUGAUCAUCCGAUUCAUAAUGCGCAGGUGGACGAACCAGAACUACCUCAGGCGCAACAUCAGCCCGAGAAACUCUCUACGGAAGAAGCCAGAUCUCCACUAGAAUGCCGUAGCGAAGAGCAGGAAACUCCAGUUUUAGUAGAAACAAUACCGGUAACCGAAAUAACAGAAGCAUCCAUCUGUUUUGAACAAAAUGCAUCACCAGCUGUGGAAGCCACCGAGGAGAGAAUAAAUGGGGAAGAGUUUGAGCCAAUGGAAGUGGAUGUCUCCAUGAGAGUGGAUAAUGGCACGGAAAUAAGUUCGCCUCGGACUCAAAUGGAAUCCCAGACGCCUACUUCAACCUCCCCUCCAUUGCAAGCUUCCGAGGAAAAAGAAAAGGCUUCCUCACAAAACCUUUUCCCAAAUCAUCAAUCAGAUCAGAAUAUUGCAGAGCCUCAGGAUAAAUUGGAGCCACCAUUAGUCAACCAAACAGCUCCACUCUCGCCGCCCAUACCGAUGCUCCAGGCCAAAAGAGAGGAGCUGCCUCUUUCUCCGCCCAUACCAACGCAUCGCCCAAAAACCGCCGAGGAACUGGAAUUCAUGGCUUUGAGAGAGUUGCCCUUGCCCGAUGAUUUGGAUGCAUCAACGUUGGAGAAGGAGGAACUAAAGGAGCCGCCUCAUCGCCCCCCUACGGUUGUGGCAGUCACACCAACACAAAAGCGAUCCACGACGCCUUUAUCUUUGGAUCUGGGAGGUAGUAUCACCAUGGCUAGCCACUCGGAGCCCACCUCACCUAGUUUUCCCAUCAAAGGACCAGCGGAGAAACCGUCCCACUUUCCUCGAUCGCCACAUGCUCCACCAGAGCAGGAAGAUAUGCCCUACUUGGAGAAGGCUGUAGUUGAACCGUCUUUGGAUCGCAAGCAAAGCGUUUUUGGAGCUGGAGCUAUAUCCAAGUCAGCAGUGGUCAUUCAGCUAACACAGCCGAGUCCGGAGAAGCAGGAACAGCUCAACGAAACUUUGCCCAUGAGCGAGCUUUCGCCCACUCCAUUGAAUGGGACCUUCGACAGCGGUAGGAUAACGGAUAACAAAUUAGAGGCCGAUACGGCGGAUUUUGAGGGUUCCCAAACAUUUGCCGUAAGUCUUGGAUCGGUCGACGAUCACCAGCGACGCACUUUUUCGGUCAUUCAAUCCACAGCGGAAAAGGAGGAGGCGAAUUCGCGAAGGACUUUCUGCAUGGAAAAGGAAAAUCCGCGCCGCACCUUCUGCUUGGAGCAAAAUGCAACUCCAGCGAUAGAGGUACUCGGGGAUACUAUGGCUGACGAUGCCAUGGAUGUGGAUGUCUCCAUGAGGGUGGAAGAGGUGACUGUGAUCAAGUCACCUCAACAAAAUCGAAAGGAAACACAAGCACCGGUUUUAAAUUCUCCACCGAUCCCCACCCAUCAAAAUCUUAAGAGAGGCCCCAUCCAUGAGGCGAGAUCUCCGGUCUCGCCGCUGGGAAAUGCAACUGUUGUCCUAGAGGAGCAAGCCCUGUCCGCCAAGGAGCAGGCUACUCUCAGCGCUAGCGAUGAAAAGGACGAUGUUUUUGUCGAACACUUUGGUGCUAUAUCUCCGGUUUCUGAUGACAUGUUCAAGACCCCUCAGUUCACCAGCAGUGGCUUCAACAACCAAGCCAAGAUUAAGGCCAAUGCUCCCGAAGCGGUUGGAGGAAAAACAGCUGCUGUCAUGAGCCGGCAGAGAGGAGGUGCAGCUGGCGAGGAGGAGCCGGGCUUCGAUGCUGAAUUCCAGGAUGGCGCCAGCAAUCAGAACUUAAUACUGAACUCAUCAGAUUUUGAAUAUUUGUACACGAAAGGCAGCAAUAAUGCGCCCAUCGAUCGCAGUUCGCUGCUGCUGAAGUUUGAUCCUCUCCUUGGAGCGCCCGUGCCCGUCAAUCAUCCAAGUCAACAAGAGCAGGCGCUGCUCAAUAUUCUGGGUUCAAACCAGAAUCAAAACCGGGUCCUAAGUCCCACAUUGGAGGAGCACGAAACAAGUGGCAACCAAUCGUUUGGAAUAAUACCCAGUGCCAAAGAAACCGCCAAGAAAUUGGACUUUAAGCCGCCUGUGGAUAGGACAAAAAAGCAUGUUAAAAUGAGUGUGGACGUCAUUGAUAACGAUUGCAACAAAACCUUCGAUAAUUCCAACCUUAAUACGGAGGAUAAUAAGACCCAUAACUACAACAAUAUGGAUGAGCUAGAAAAGAAAAUCAAAAAUGAAGUGACGAGGUCCGAAGACAUUGAGAAGAAGCUCAAGGAGGGAGAACUACGCGAGGAAGCGCUUAUUAAACGUAUCACAGAAAAAGAUAAAACAAAUGCAAAGCUAAACGGUGUCAUCGAGGCUUAUGAGAAGGCCAUAGCGGAGCUGAUCAGUGAAAAGGAACAGCAAGCGCAGCUUCACGAGCGUCAAUUGCAGGAAGUGCAAGCAGACCGGGACGCCAAUUACCAUCACUUAACAUCGCUGGAAACGACAUUCUCCGAUCUGCAUGUGAAAUACGAAAAGAGCAAAGAGAUGACCUCGCAACUCAAAAGCAACGAGGAGACGCUUUUGGCGGAGCGGAAGCAGAUGAUGGACAAUCUGCGGUUGCAGGAACAGCGCUACGACAAGAUGAAAAACCAUGCCAUGCAACAGCUGGAGAUUGCCAACAAAAAGCUGGACACCUACGCGAGGGAGCAUGCGGAUGAGACCAAAAAACUGAAAGCUUUACUCAAGAAGGAAGAGGUCUCGCGGGUGUCGAUGACGGAGCAGCUGCAGCAGAAGUCUCGCGAGAACGCCGAUCUGCUUAAGAUCUGCGAGGAGCUCAUCUACGGAAAGGGACAAGGUGGUAGUAGUUAAACUCAACCCGUGGAUUACCCGGAAUGUAUUUUAUAUGUUGCUGUAAAAUCGCACACAUUCUCAUCACAACAUCUCUCAUCCGGCAUGUGGAGCCCAUUUCGCAGCAUGUCCGUAGAUCUGUAACUGCGUCAUCAUCAUCAACCCCAUUCGUACCAUAGUGUAAUAACUGCUCGGUUGCGUGCUCUUAGCUGACUAAGAAAAUGCGAAUGCACAAUUGUAUCAUUUUGCCAACUACAUUAAUGUUGAAUUUCAAGAUGUACACCUAACGUUCCGACGCAUAUUAUACUUUUUCUAGAUUUUUAGUUGACCCGUAAACACUCACUCACACAAGUCACAGGCAGUCCCAUUGAGUUCCCUUCGCCUUACGGGUCUGGUUGCCCGGAAAAUGUUACUAAUUCUCUAUCGUAUCGAAUCUGUCUACUGAUUUAUGUUCUAUGAUAUUACCUGGCGGUGAGUUGUGCCGGCAAACUGUAUGCGUUUGUGGUUUAGCAGAAGGCCAGAGAAGCAAAUCGAUUAUGUGCAACGGCAGCUAAAUCAACAUACAAAUGCAAAUUAUAAAGAAAAGCGUUCGCUUGAGGCGCGCCUUUAUUAAAUGUUUAAGUUUAAACUUAGUUUAAUUUAAUUGAAAAUUUGUAUUAGUUGUACUAAGAAUAUCUCUGUAUUACAUACUACUACUACUAAACCAAGAAAGCGUAAAAAACAAACCGGAAACAUUCAAAAUACACGCAAAAAAUUUAUUUAUGCAUAAA